AUGGCCUACGCUCCGUCAUUGCCACCACCACCACAACCACCGCCGCCGCCGCGCCCUCAGCCGUCGAUCCCUCCCGUUCUCGCCCACGGCCGUCGCACCACUGCGGCGGGCGCGACAUACAGCGCCACAACCACGGCCACAACCUCCGCCGCCCGCCUGACGGCCAACUUCGCAGGCGCCCCCAAUGCUUCGCGACAAGACCCGUCCCAAGCACCACGGCCACCCUCGUCGCCAGCACUAAGAUCACCGCGUCUCGAAGUAGUCGUUCCCGCCAUGACGACGCCGCGGCCCUCGCCCAACCCUCAGCUGCGCAGGGCCUCCUCCUCUUUGAGCCUGCAGUCCGACAGGCGCUCUGCGUCGCCCGCCCUGUUCCGCAAGUCGUCCACUUCGUCUUUGCGCGGCGACGGCUCGAACAACAGCAUCAACAACGGCAACGUCGGCAACAGCCCUCUUACGCCCACCAGGCUGGUCAACAGACGGUCCUCGUCGCAGCUCAACCCCAACUCCCCCCUGGCUCCCGCCGUCGAGGAGGACCCGGUCACGGAAAACACCAUCGCAAGGGACUGGUUCAGGCAGGAGCUGGAAAGCCAUGACAGCGCCGAGGCCGCCGUGAACACCGUCGUGAUCUUGCACGAGGCCUGCUAUGGCCACCGCUUUGCGCGUCCCAAGACCACCAAGGCCACCCUGGGCCUGAUCGUGGAGAGACCGGAGCGCAUCGAGGCGAGCACUAUGGGCAUUUCCGCCGCCUAUGUCAGGCUGGGCGAACGACACAACGAAGGCCGCUAUGCCCCAGACCCGCGCCUGCGCCCGCCGCCUCAUGUGCCCUUCAAGAUCCACAGGACUGCCCGCACGCUGCCCAUCGACGCGCCAGCCGUCACCCACGUGCACGGCACAAAGUGGAUGGACGAGCUAAGGGUCAUGUGCGAUGCGGCGGCAGAGAAGCUGGCCACUACAGGUCGAGAGACAGAGCGGCCGCAUGACCCGUCCCAGAAGAACAAGCCCGUCUUCCACAGCGGAGACCUGUACCUCUGUCCGGAGUCACUCGCUGCCUUCGAGGGCGCCCUUGGCGGCGUUUGCGAGGGCGUCGAUGCCGUCUUCACAGGCACAGCAAGUGGCACCGGACCUUCUCAGGCCUUUGUUUGCAUUCGACCCCCUGGCCAUCACUGCUCCGCCGACUUCCCCUCUGGCUUUUGCUGGCUGAACAACGUGCACGUGGGCAUCCAGCACGCCGUGCGGGAGCAUCAGCUCACCCAUGCCGCCAUUAUUGACUUUGAUCUGCACCACGGCGACGGCUCGCAGGCCAUCACGUGGGACCACAACGCCAAGGUCGCGAGCAUGCCCAAGAACACGCCCGCCAUCAAACGCACAGCCAUUGGCUACUACAGUAUCCAUGAUAUCAACUCGUACCCGUGCGAGAACGGCGAGCCCGACAAGAUCACCAACGCCAGCAUCUGCAUUGACAACGCUCACAACCAGUCCAUCUGGAACGUGCAUCUCCAGCCGUGGAAGACCGAGUCUGAGUUUUGGCACCUUUAUGAGACCAAGUACCUCGCUGUGUUGGACAAGGCCCGCCUCUUCCUGAAGCACCAUACGGCCCGCCUACGUGCUAAUCCAAAUCUGCCCGCUCCAAAAGGCGCUAUCUUCAUCUCCGCUGGCUUCGAUGCGUCUGAGCACGAGGGUGCCGGAAUGCAAAGGCACAGUGUGAACGUUCCAACCGAGUUCUAUGCGCGUUUCACGCACGACAUAGUUGCGCUCGCUCAGGAGGAGGGCACUGGCGUAGACGGCCGGGUCAUCAGCGUUCUAGAGGGCGGAUACAGCGACAAGGCCCUCAUCAGUGGCGUUCUCAGUCAUAUUAGUGGGCUCUGCCACGGACAAUACGUCGCGGCUACGGCAGCGGCUGCUUCAGAGCGUCAGCCCGCUAACGGUCUUGCGGAUCAGAUGGCCCGCCUCACCGUCAGCGGCUCCGGGCUCAGCGGCCUGAGUGGCAUCCCCGGCACAGGCCAGCUGUCGGGCAUCGACGAUGCCUCGCUCCAGCUGCGCUACAACGCCGAGUGGUGGACCUCAGAGCAUCUAGAUGCGCUUGUCGAGAUUCUCAACCCCGCCCCGCAGAUGCCCGCUUUAGAGGCUGUCAAGUCAGGUCGAUCCAACAACUUCGCAUCUCCCACUCAGGCAUCCAAGAUGAAGGUUGUGGACCCAUCUACGCUACGGCGCAAGUCCUCCACGCAGUUCAAUCGUCUUCCUGCGUCAGCUGCACCCUCGCGGCCAGCAACACCACCUCCACCUGCUGUACACUGGACUGUCGCGGCCGAAGAACUCUGCAAACUGCUCAUCCCAAAUCGCCAGACAAAGAGCCAUACUGCCGCAGAGCUUGCGGUGCCGAAAAUCAAGAAAGAGCGCGCGUCCACUGUCGGGCUUGCGACUGUGCCUACCGCACCUGCAGCCGGAGGACGCCAGCUGCGCGAGAAGCGCGGAGCCCCUCCUAAGCCGUCGCCCACACCCAUUCCUGAGCAGGCAGAGCCGAGACGCGUUGUUUCAAAGGUAGGUGCGGAUCGAAGACGCACGAUUGCUGCAAACGAGAUUGCGAGCACCGGCCCCAACGGCACGGCGAAGAUGGCAGCCGAACGCCCGAGAAGAAGGUCCAGUAUUGCGUCGACAGUCAGCAACCUCAGCGCGGCUCCAAGCACCACCACUGCUGCUGCCGCCGUAAGGCCAAAAUUGACCACCAACAGCAGUAGUGGAAAUGGCGUGCAGGUUAAAAAGACCAGGGCACCGCCCUCGACAAUGACGACGAUGUCGACAACAAAGCCAGCCGCUUCUGGCAUGCAGAGACCCGUUGGACCUCCCCGCGAAAAUAGCAGCAGGAGUGCAAACGGAGACCUUGACGCGCUUACUGCGAAGACGCAGAGGCUCAAGAUCACCAUGCCCUCCGACGAGGAGUAUUUGGCCAGGCAAAAGGCGCGCACAGGGUCGUCAGCCCCAACGACGGCAAGAUCUGCUACAACUACGGCGAGAAAACCUGCUGUGGAACCUAAAAAGGCCGUCCGACCAUCCAAAGCUGCAACUGCCGCUACUAGCACUGCCGCAACCGUCGUGAAGAAAACACCUAACGUUACGACUAAAACAAAGUCUCCUAUUUCCGACCUCACCCCUGAAAUACCUGGUACGGGAGCUUUCCAGGUCCAUCAGACACAGACCGCCACUGCUCCAGGUGCACCUACUGGCGGCCUUGGCUCUAUGACUGGACAGUUUCAGCUCGAACCGGCGCCAACUCCCUCGAUGACAUCGGCAACAUCGGUGUCCUCAGAUGUGGCGCCAACAUCCUCGCCCGCUGAGCCAUUUUUCCCAAGCUACGGCAAUGGGCUACCCGCACCUUCGAGCGUUCCUGCGCCAAUGCAGAGUCAGCCAGUGUUGCCGACGUGGAACAGUACAGGCCCGUUGCCGUUUGCCGCACCGGCGCCGCCGCCGCCGUCCCAGACACAUCCUCAGGUUGUGAUUAAGCAGGAUGAAGGAGCCGUUGAUAACAAGACCGUCUGGGAUGUGCCUGACACGCCCGCAAAGUAGCUUCCUUUUAUGCCACUUGGCACAAUGGAAAUCAGGAAUACCAGUAUGCUGGCGAGGGGAGGCAGUUGGUCGGACAGGCCCUCAGAGUUCAGAGUAUAUUCGUUCUGUGUGGACAGCAGCUUGGAGAUGUUUUGUUUGCAGUUUGUCGAGUUAUGGUUCUCGCUUUAUUUCUAUAUAAUUUUUGACCUUGGCUUCUUAGAUACCCCAUCGAUGCUUGGUGUCGAGUUCGAGUUGGGAGUUUUGUUGUUAUUUUUACAUACUAUACUUCAAAGAACAGUCUUGUGGGCAUGGCUGGGUUAUGGCAAACAAAAAAAAAAGAUCGAGAGGUGCUGCGUAUUUGAAACGGUUGUCCAAAUCUCUUUCUGCUCUUCUUCUCCC